AUGGCCUCCGUCAGCCGGCUGGUGGUGCUGGUGCUGGUGCUGGUGCUCCUGGCCACGGCAGUCUCCGAGGCCGCAAGGCGGCGGAAGUACCGCAGACGUCGUCGGCAGAAUGUGGCCAAAGCUGUGUCGUUCGGCCGCUUGCAAGCAGCCGGCUGCCUGCCCGCUGACUUCCAGGUCCCAGACAUGGCGGAGUGCGUAGCGGCCGGACAGGCGUCGGGGGGCCUCCGAGAGACGCUGCGGUGUCUGGCCGAGAGCCUUCAAAUCGUCAACAGCAUGGGCCUGAACGAGGAAGGCAUCCGCAACUUCGUCAUGUCGCUCUCGGAGGGAGACAACGACUGGCGAGGGGUGCAGCUGGGGCUGAUGGAGCAGUGCCGCCGAAGCAUGAUGAACGACACAAUACCGGCGCCGCAACAGGGCAUUUACAUGUUGACCUGCUGGCGCGGGCUGGCUGACGUGGAAUGCAGGCGGAGUACGAUGGAGAAGUUGGGCGCGGAGGCUGGCGGCAACCAGGGAAGCUGGACUGGACAAGCUCUCAUGUUCAUGGAUGCGGGCGUCUGCAUGAAGCCCGUGCAGGGAGCAUACCACGGCGACUUCUUUAUGAGCUGCGCAAAUGAGACGGGCGUACGCCUUCCGGCGAUCGAUGCCGGCAUCAGGUUCGUCAAGCGGUACAUGGCUGUCUUCGAGAGCGGCAACAACGACCAGGCGACGCCAGACAGCACAGCCGUGCAGAGCGUGGACCAGCAGCUGGCGCUCUUUAAGGCGACAGUAGUGUGCGUCAUGCAGAUGCUCGGGGAGGCCAACGGUGACCAGAUCAACGAGGACGCCAUGCUGAGCAACGUCAUGUCUUCCCAGGCGCCCGAGGUGAUGAAGGGGGUGGCGCAGGAGAUCAUUACACAGUGCGCCCUUGCAGAUCGUUCAGCCGACCCCUUCAUUGAAUGCUGGUUCAUAUCGGCGGCGUCCGGCUGCGCCCGGAUCAAGGCGCACAUGAUGGCCACAGCGGAUAAUACGCCAGCGCCGGGGAGGUGUGGCGGCGCUCGCCGUCGGCGGAAGCAGCGCAGGAGGCGCCCCAACAACCAGGAGGGUUAG